GGUGACGUAUCUGGUGGGCGGGACUACGUGAACAGGAAGUCUGACGUAACGUUUGUUGUGGUGGAACGACGAGCAGUGGGGAGAAAUGGAGGAAAACGUUCAGGAUUAUAAGCUCAUAUUUGAGAAAGAGGGCGUGUACCUCCACACGAACGCCAAGAGGACCAACCAGGACACCUCCAUCCCCGGCUUCAUCCGCAUCGUCGAGCGGGCUGGGAUAGCCGCCUUGGAAUGGAGCCCGCUGCCGGAUGAGGGUCGCACCGCUCCCGCAGUCCUCUACACCAAAAAGGACGGGGAGGGAGGGGAAGAAGAAACCCAUUUUGACCCCGGUUAUGAACCAGAUUGGGCUGUCAUCAACACCGUAGUGAAAGAUUGUCAGCCCGUUCCGAUACAGGAGGCUGGACAGUGGGCUUUCUCCCUGCCUCUGUCAGAGCUGUACUCCCUCCGGAGGGCUCGCUUCUCUCUGGGUCGAAAUUUUAUCGUUCUGACGAGUCGAGGCGGCCACCCGCUGCCCCCUCUGCACUUCCACAGAGGUGGAACCAGGGAGCUUCUCAGGGCAAUGCACCGUUACAUCGUUCUGGACCAGUCCCCUGUGGAUGGGCGGCUCUUCCUCGCCUAUCCGCGGGAUUCAGAUGCUCUCCCCCAAGGCUUUGACAAGCUGCAACUCUUUGAUGAUGGAGGCUCCGAUCUCGUCUCGAGGUUUAUCCAGGAUCCAUAUGCCACCACAUUUGGUGGAUUCUCUAAAGUUACAAACUUCUUCAGGGCAGCAAUUCGUCCUCCAGAAUCCUCCAUCCACCCCCGCUCCGCUCAGGAUCCCAGUCUGCCGUCCCAGCCAGAUGACGAGCCUGGAUUUGAGCUCAUCACCUGCGGCGUGGAGCUUGGUCCCAGACCUGAAGCCACCAGGGGACAACCUCUGGACAAGUGGGAGGACUUUCUGGACCCAGAAGGACGAGUAAAGAAUCCAGAGAAAGUCAAAGAGCUCGUGUUCAGAGGGGGCAUCACUCCAUCUUUAAGGAAAGAAGUGUGGAAGUUCCUUUUGGGUUUUUAUCCAUGGACCAGCACAACAAGGGAGAGAGAGGACAUCCUUCGAGUCAAAACGGACGAGUACUUCAGGAUGAAGGUGCAGUGGAAGUCGGUCAGCGAAGAGCAGGAGAUGAGGAACUCGCUCCUCAGAGGAUACAGGAGCCUGAUAGAGAGAGACGUGAACCGGACAGACAGACACAACACGUUCUUCUCUGGGAACGACAAUCCAGGCCUGACACUGCUUCACGACGUGCUGAUGACCUACUGCAUGUACAACUUUGAUCUUGGAUAUGUCCAGGGGAUGAGCGACCUUCUGGCUCCCAUCCUGUUUGUCACUCAGAACGAGGUGGAGUCUUUCUGGUGUCUGACUGGCUUCAUGGACCUGGUCCAUCACAACUUUGAGGAGUCUCAGGAGGCCAUGAAGCAGCAGCUCCUUCAGCUCCGAAUCCUGCUAAAAGCUUUAGACCCAGAACUUUGUGACUUUCUGGACUCGCAGGACAGCGGCUCCCUCUGCUUCUGCUUCCGCUGGCUGCUCAUCUGGUUCAAGAGGGAGUUCUCCUUUGAGGACAUCCUCACCUUGUGGGAGGUCCUCUGGACUUGUCUUCCCUGCGAGAACUUCCACCUGGUCAUCGCCUGCUCCAUCCUCCAGUCCCAGCGUGGAGAGCUGAUCGGCUCCAACCACGACUUCAACACUAUUCUGAAGCACAUAAACGAGCUGACGAUGAAGCUUGACCUGCAGAAUAUUCUGCGCGACUCGGAAGCGAUCUACCUGCAGCUGGUUCAGUGCAAGGAGCUUCCUGUCCAGGUGAAGCAGGUUCUGGGUCUCUGUGAUUCGUCCAGCUCAGAGGAGAACAGCUCAGAGUCUCAGAGUGACGAGGCGCAGCACCUCCUUUGCCAAUCACAAGCAGGAGCAGCUUCUUCUAGUUCUUAUGUUCCCACCUAUCCUUAGAUCUGGAGGUCAACUUGGAGGACUGGCAGCCGCUGAGAGAAAUAUGGACAAAAGUCUGGAGACAGCCCUCGAUGUGUUACGCUUUGCAUGCAAAGCGUUAAAUCUUUUAUGGAAAUGUUCCUCAAGAUUCUGGCAAUAAUCCUAAAUCUGUGAUGUUCCAGUUUUCCAGCCUUUCUGAAAGUGUUUUCAACCUUUGCUGCCCACUUUCUCCUUUGAUUACACUAAAGGAAAAUGUUUGUUUUUUUUCACUGUACGCUGACUUUUCAACGAAUGUUAAUGCAAAAAGAAGUUUAAGCCUACAGUAAUUUAUCAGAGCGUUUUAAGUUUUUCAAAGAUACUACAAACGCAGACACACUGCAUACGUUUGCUUUUGUCAGAAUUUGAGAUAAAAAGGGCCUCAAUUAAGAUUUUCUUUAUGUUUUUUGGUUAAAAUAUCUUUAGUUUCUUGAGACUUGAGGGAUUUUAGGUAUAUUUUAAUCGCAUUUUGCAAGCAAAAAUCCAGUUUCCUCUAAAGAUAAUUUAGAGCCAGAAAUGUCUUCAGAAAGUCUGGAAAACUGUAAAACUAGAGCUUGCUUCUUAUAAGAAUUCAGGAAGAGGAACAAAUGAAGACUUGCACACAACUUUCAUGCUUACAGGAAGGAGUUGUAUCUGAUUAUUAUUACUAUCUGUUAGAGGCAGGGGGCGCUGUUGAAGUCCUCAAAGUAUCCAUGUCACUACAGUGAGACCUGCAGAGACUGUGGUUUGUAGUUUGACGCCCUGGGGGGUUGUCUUCGGUCUGGAUGGGUCAACGUUACAGUGUUUUUUGUGAGUAAAUUCACUUUUUUCUUUACAUUUUUGCCUUUGUGUGCACACCUCGCCUGCACGUGGGUUUUUCCUUCUCCUCUGGAUGCUGCUACUCUGUUGUUAAACCGUGUUCACCCGGGUUGUCGUCCUCAUACCUUCAGUUGCCUCAGCUCUGCUGUACCGGAAAGGGAAUACGGUGAAGGGAAAAUUUACAGCAACCUCCAGGAACUGAACGGCGCCAUUCCAGCCCUAUGCAAACGUUUAGCAUGAAUGAUAGUUUUUACAUCAUGCAUUGAAGUACAGUAUGUAAUGCCUUGUAAUUUGUAAUCUGCAUUAUUUAAUAGAUUUUCCUCUGUGAACUACUGCCAAAUAAAGGAUUUAAUCUUAACAAA